CUAAUUUCCGUCAUCUUCUUCAAAAUCACAACUCUUGUACGGAGUAUGAUAGAGAACAUCUAUCACAGGUUUUGGAUCGCUGGGCAGUCUCCACAAGUUACUAUUCACUGCCGAUCUUAAACCCUUGCUUUCACCUUGAAUUUGUUGAACUUUUGGACCAAUUUUUAGAGCUCUAGAAUCGUUUUGGGCAUGGCAAUCCAUUGGGCGCUGGAUUGAUCAAGAAUCGCAGGUCAACCUUCUCGAGUUACUGUUCAUCUGCGACUCUUGAAGGUUCAAUUCACCUCGGUCCAAGCUCGUUUGAAGGCCAAUUUUUGGGGGAUUAUGGGCGACUUGGGAUGCUCUUUCAACACCUGAAAUUGGUUUUCCAAACCGGUUGAAGGAAGCUGCGAAUUGAGCAAAAAUUUUGGACACGGAGUCACUGUUCACAGCGAGUUCUUCAAGUCCAGGUUUACCCAUGCUUUUUGCUCGUUUUCCAUCCCAUUUUCUGGGAUUGUGUUCGUGAUUCAAGGGCCAUUCAACGUCUGGUGUUGGAAUCAUAAUUCAAACAACUUGAUUUUGGUCUCUUUGAUUUGGUUGCUCGAGUUACUAUUCACGUUCUAGUGUACCUGUGCGGUGUGCGGUUUUGCUACUAGUCUAGCCUUUAUUGCUUGGGCUGGUGAUUUUUUCCAGAAGGCAGUAUGAGACUUAUAUUUGAGUCUUCAUAUGGCAGUAUGAGAGUUAGAUUUGAGUUUCUGAUUCUAAAUAUUUAGUUAAUUCUUUAAGCUUUAUACUUUAUUUCAAAAGGAUUUCAAAAUUGAAAAUUGUUUUUGUUCUUAAAAAGUUGUUUCAAUGUCUAGCUAGCAAAUAAAAUUUGGACAAUGAAUUGGUUCUCUACUUCACAAUCUGUAACUUUAGAUUGUUACUUUGCAUAGUAUAUUUAAGUUUUUUUCUUCUUUAUACUAUACGCAUUACAUUUAUUUGUUGAUUCAAAAGUAGACAAUUCUAACUAUAUAUAUUUUUUGUGCUUAUUUGUAGCUAUUUGAAUAUGAGAAUUUGUAUGCAAACCAAAGUGAAAAAAGAACGUGAGCUUCAUAAAUCAGAAUCAAGAUUUUGCAUAUUCUUUUGCAGAGUGUGACGAAGUUUGUCACAUAUGCUACUGUACUGCCUUUUUUAUUGUGUUUGAAAAGUGUUUCAUUACUGAAUUCAAUUUGGGAACUAAAGCUCCAGUGCUCACUUGUAAGUUGUAAUUUGCGUGAAGGGACUUUAAUUUGGGGUUUUACUUUGGGCCUACGUUGUAGCCUCAUGUCUUUUCAAUUUAUUUUGGUGGUUUCUCUUCUCUUUUUGGGAGAAAGCUUUCGUUUUAGAUUUGAUGAUGAUUUGUGGCUAAGAAGCAGUGAGGGGAAGUUUUUUAAAUUCUUCUCAUUAGAAUUAGUCAAAUGAUACAUCUAAUGAGUAUUUUGUUCAAUCCUUCAUAUAUAGGAGGGGGCACACGUUCAAUGAAAUGGCUCACCUUCCAACAAGGCAACUUUUGCACUACGGUCCAAGGAAGCUUUUGAACCUAUAUAACUUCUGUGGAUGUCCCUCCUGAUAAUACUAAGGAUUGUUUGGUGUCUCCUGAAACCGAGAAGGCUGUUUUGACCACUAGCAAAUCUGUGAUAACUUUGGAUGACGGUGUAACUGAAUAGGUUGAUGCUGCUUCUUUGUCUCUGAUUGGUAAUGAUGUUCCAAGAAAUAGGACACAACCAGCUACGUGGAAUGGUUUUCUGUGGCAUCACUGGGUUUGGCUAGACUACUUCGUUGGAGAGCCACCCAAAGCUGUUGUUGGCAAAUCAUGAUCUCCAGUGCUGCCAUUUUCGAAUAGCAUACUCCAUUAUGCUGUUUGUUUACCGAACUCAGUCUUCUUGAGGGAUGGGAUGGCACACAUGUGUUGCUGGCAGACCAACUUAUCCCUUGCACUGGGUGACUCCUUCUGUUUGCUGUGGUUUUUGGUCUACCACUACUCGUUCCUUUCAUACCUUGGUCCCUGAUUUUGGUGUUCCAACUUAAAGGAGAUGGUGGUCUCUUUCUGCUUCGGGUUUGUUUUGCUGCUUUGGAAUUGCUUUAAAGUUGCUGCUGUGCGGAACUUGGAGUUGCUGUGCAAUAACUAGAGGACCUGUUGCAUGAUGGCGCUGCUGUGCUCCUGCUGCUACCACUGAGCUACUGCCUCGAGGACCUGCUGAUGCUCACAAUUGGCGUACAGGUGCUGCGUACAGGUUGAAAUUGCACCUACUACUGGAUUUUGCUACUGGAUUUUGUUACUGCUUGGGAUCUACUGGUGCUGACCAUGGAACCUUCUACCUGGGCUGAUUUAUUGGAUACCAAGGGCUGUGGAUUAGCCUUUGGAUGAUGGAAUUCUUGGAUGUCAUGAUAUGUUUAUGUUAUCUCACAAAUGUAUAUAUGUCAUGUGCUUAACUAUGAGGAUGGUUUAUGUGCCUACCUAGACUACUAUUGCUUGGGCUUGGUCUUAGUCAUGGAUUUCUUUGAGUUGGUCUUUUGAAUUUCUUGGGAAAUACACUGGAAUGGGGUGAUGAUGUUGUUCCCUCUUCCACAAGCUAAAUGGUCAAGCUUAAGUCAUUGGGGAGGGUAAAACCAUGGCUAAAAACCAAUCUUUGUGUAAUUGGCACUUCUACCUUGAAGAUUUGGUCUUUACUCUUUAAUUUGAGUAAUUUGAGAAUAUGGAUUUUCAUUCUUUGUGUUUUUUUGUUUUGUACUUUGGAUUGAAGCAAGCAAAUGUACUCUAAAUUUUGUUUUUAAUAAAUUUUGUGUACUCUUAUGUGCAUCUCGCCAUCUUCUUAUUAUUUUUUGGUUUUAUGAUAUUUGCCGCCAUCGUCGUUAAAGGUUCAUCACAUGAACCAUCCCUGUGCGGGAAGUCAUGGCCAGACGGCGCUUGAGAUUCUGACCCGCGACAAGUUGCGAGUCAGCUCAAUCCAUGCCCGAGUCAACAAGGUCCCCAGCGAGGCCGGCACCGAUCUUCCGGCCCAAUCCGGCUCCCACAUUGGCUCCGGCAAUUACAUCGUCUCCGUCGGAAUCGGCAACCCUGCCACGACCCUCUCCCUCGCAUUCGCCACCGGAUCCGACCUCACCUGGACUCAGUGCCUCCCCUGCGUCGGGAAAUGCUACCCGCAGAAUAACUCGAUUUUCGACCCGAGUAAAUCCACUACCUAUUCCCCCAUACCCUGCUCCUCUGACGUGUGCUCAUACCUGCUGUCCUACACCAGUUACUCUAAACAGAAUUGUACUUUGUCGCCGUCGUGCGAGUAUUAUAUACGGUACGGGGACUCCUCCUCCGUUGGCAACCUCGCCACUGAGCGGUUGAGUUUGACGCCGUCCGACACCGUCCAAAACUUCACGUUCGGAUGCGGGCACUACCAGGGGGGCCUUUUCCGUGGGGCUUCUGGGUUUCUGGGCCUCGGCCCCGGCCCCUUUUCGAUCGUCUCCCAGACGGCCCAAAAGCACGGAAGAAAGUUCUCCUACUGCCUCCCCACGGUAAACGGAACCCGCGGUUAUCUGAAGUUCGGGGGAGGUGCCGCCGCUCCGCCCGAGAAAAACAUCCGUUUCACGCCGUUGUCGACGGGAACGGCCAACAAUUCCUACCAAAUUCAAAUGCUAUCAAUCAGCGUGGGCGGGAAAAACCUCCAGAUCAAACCGGAGGUUUUCGAGAAAGCGGGAAUGAUCAUCGACUCCGGCACCGUCAUAACCCGUCUCCCGCCGGAAGCUUACGUGGCGCUCAGAUCCGCCUUCGUGGAGGAGAUGAAAUAUUACCGAAAUGCCCCAGGCGAUUCCUUACUGGACACCUGCUUCGACUUCAGCAACACAACCGAGGAUAAGAUUAAGCUCCCGAGGAUAGGCUUUGGGUUCAGCGGGAACGUGAGUGUGGAUGUACCGCCCAGCGGGAUCUUGUAUGUGAUCGAAAGAAACUUGUCAAAGGUGUGCCUGGCCUUCGCCGGCAGCGAGGACCCCGCUGGAAUGGGCAUUUAUGGAAACACGCAGCAGCAGACUCUUGAUGUGGUGUACGACGUCGCAGGCGGGAGGCUGGGCUUUAGUCCUGGUGGCUGUUCUUGAUCGAAACAAGAGGAAGUUGUUGCAUGUUUUUUUGUUGUUCUCUUUUAUUUUGGUGUGCUGUCCUAUUAAAAUAAAACAUGUUUUAUGCUGUUGUUUUUGUUAUUGUGAUGUGAUUUGUAAACAUAUCUACAAAUUUAAUGUCAAUUAAUUUCAAAGUCUUUUAUUCCCUCCGUCUAAAAAAGAUUUACACCUUUC